CUGUGGACUUCUUUAACCAGAUCAACAUGCUUUAUGGGACAAUUACAGACUUCUGCACAGAGGAGAGCUGUCCAGUGAUGUCUGCAGGGCCAAAGUAUGAAUAUCAUUGGGCAGAUGGGACCAACAUAAAGAAGCCAAUCAAGUGCUCGGCACCAAAGUACAUCGAUUACCUUAUGACCUGGGUUCAGGAUCAGCUGGAUGACGAGACGCUAUUUCCAUCUAAAAUCGGUGUUCCUUUCCCAAAGAAUUUCAUGUCCGUAGCUAAGACCAUCUUAAAGCGUCUCUUCAGAGUUUACGCUCACAUAUAUCACCAGCACUUUGAUCCGGUUAUUCAGCUUCAAGAAGAGGCACAUCUCAACACAUCCUUCAAGCACUUUAUCUUUUUUGUUCAGGAAUUUAAUCUUAUAGACAGAAGAGAACUUGCUCCGCUCCAAGAACUGAUUGAAAAACUCACUUCCAAGGACAGAUAAGCGAAAAUGAAAUUGUGGAAAUCUUGUUUUGUUUUCUUUAAGCAGGCAUGUGGGGUUUUUUAGGGAUUUGGGUUUGAAAUUCUCUACUCAUUUUAAGUUCCAGGGGACUUUUAACUCCCGAGUAAGUGUGUGGAGGUUUGCCACCUUCUGU